AUGCUUCCAUUCUUCAAAAUUAUCGGAGGUGACAAUAUGCAACAGCAUCAGCAGCACGAUAUUCCUGUGAAACCGAAGAGAAACAGGAAAAUCGAGGUUCCUGUGCAUAAAUCGGACUCGAGAAAGAAAUGCGGUGCCAAUGCAGAUGCCAUCAAGUGUUCCCCAACAAAAGUACAAAUACACCAAAACCCCGACGAACUGAUCGAGACUUCCAGCAGAAUAAGCAGAAGGAUCCUGUCGAGAGAGAACGAGCGUCUUUUGAACGCGAAUCAGGAAUUGGUCAACGCCCAGGAUCACCUCUCCAAGAAGAACUGUAAGCUAAAAGAGAAGUUGAACCAAGUGAUAGGAGCUAAUGAGGAAUUGGCCAAUGAGAUCAACUUAUUUAAAGCUCAAUACGAAAGUUUGGCGGUGCAAUUCGCUCAAUACAGAAACGAAAUGGAGAAGCCAAAAGUUUGUGCAACUUGUUUAGAUUUAAACGAUAGCUUGGAACAAACCAAGCGAGAAUAUGCAGCUCUUAAGAAAAGUAAUCAAGAGUAUCUUGAGGAUUGCAACAUGCUGAAGAACGUAAUAUAUCGUCUCAACAUGCAGUUGGAGAGAUACCAACAGAAACUGCAGACGAACAACUUACCCACAAGCCAAGAAAGCGAAGGGGAGAUAAUUGCACUUGGCGACGGUCACUAUGGUCACAAACACUCUCCAAUAACUUGGGGUAAAGUGAACGCUCAUACUUUAGCCCCAUUAUUAAAUGCUUACCAAGAAACUAUAGCAGAAAAGGAAGAGAUAAUUGAGAGUUACGAAACGGAAAUGGUGCGGUUCACAGGUAAACUGAAGGAAGUAAUUAAAGAAAACGAAAAUCUUUACACGAAACUAACCGAAGAUUCGGAAUGUAGCAAAGUUCUCAGCACGCAAAUCGAUCAGUUAAAGGAUGAACUUAAAACCACAAAAGAUCAGAACGACUUGCUAAUUAAAAAGUGCGCUUUGAAGCAAGAUAAAAUUGAAGAAAUUCUCAAAUGCUACGAACAAAAAGAGCGGGAUUAUGCAGUUCUCCACGAUCAAUAUUGUAAAUGUAAAUCGGAAGUUGCGGUAAUCAAAGAAAAGAAUAAGUCUUUAGUGGAUGCUCAGGACGAUUUUAAAAAUGAACGAAACCAAUAUAUCCCCAUCACCGUUCAUAACGCAAGCGUCAAUGAAUGUAAAAAAUGGUAUGAAGAGUUGAAAAUACAGUAUGAGAAUGAAAAAACUAAGUUGAGAGAGUGCAUAGAUCAACUAAAAGAACAGAUCAAUGAGUUUAAUUUAAAGAUAUCGGCGAUGAAUGUAGAGAAAGCUGAAGGCGAGCAAAAAUUAAAGAAUUUUGAAAAGCACAUGAAAAAAGCCGAAACUAAAUAUUUGGAAUUGGAGCAUACGCUGAACGAGGUGCAAUUAUCGCGAAGCGCUUGUAGAAAGCAACUGCACAAAGCUAUGAAUUUCGCUAAAGAUUUGGUCACUGAGCAGGAAUCCUUGUUGAAGGCUUUGAAUCAAAGACAAUUGGAGAACAAAGCCGUUAAAAAGAUUGGCUCGGAUAUAGCGAGUCGGAUGGAUAUACUUCGGAAUGAAUUGAAGUCAGUUCAAAAGGAAGCAUGGCAUGAAUUAUCUACUGUGGAAGAGCGAUUGCAAGAACAAGAUUGUAUAAUUACGAAUAUGAAGGAAGAUCACGAGCUGGAAGUGCAGCGAUUGAAGCAGAUAAUUAGAGAGAAGGAUAAUAAUUUGUUGGUGAGAGAUAGGUCCUCCGUCACGUCUGGAAAUUAUCUGUUGCAUAAUGAUAGAAAUGUACAUAAAUGA